UGAUCAGAAGCUAGGGUUUUCAGCAGGGUCCGAGUUUUUGUUGCGGUGAGUUCAGCCGAGCGGAGGAUCUCUCUCGUUACUCAGAGAUGGCGAAGUCGAAGAACCACACUGCUCACAACCAGUCUCACAAGGCGCAUAAGAAUGGAAUCAAGAAGCCGAGGAGGCACCGUCACACCUCGACCAAAGGAAUGGACCCGAAGUUCCUGAGGAACCAGAGGUACGCGAGGAAACACAACAACAAAAGCGGCGAGGAUGCCAGCGGAGAAGAGUAAUGUGGUUUUGUUUUUUAUUAAGGAGUCGAUUGAUUUCUCCUUUUGUUUAAUCAUGUUUACGGAAGUUGUCGGUGUACUGUUACUGGCUUCAUAAUCUCAGAGAUAUUUGGUUAUCCUCCCUCGUUUGAUUGAUGAUGCUUCUCCUUUUCUC